AUGAAGUUAGCCAAGCUCCUAACGGAAUAUCUCCUGAUCAUCUGGGACCGCAUGGACCCAUCAGACAAGGUAUCUCUGGGCUGUUCAUUCUUGGGAACGAUGAGCAUUUUCACUCGCAGCGGUGUCCUCAAGCUCCUUGAGAACCUUGGUAAAGACAAGGCAGCAAGUACGAUUGCGAACGAUCAUUCCUCGAAAAGCGUGCCUCAUCCUGCAUGGGGCAGUCUCUGCUACGCGAUCUGCCCAAGUGAAGGUGUUUUCCCAUCCAUGACUGUUUGGCAGAAUCUGGCAGUCCACUACCACCUGGAUUUUGCCAUCUGUAUCUUUCAGCCCCUAGGUCUCCAUCUACGUGCCCAGAGUAUGAUUGUAGGCCAUGUGAGUUUUUUGAACCCGCUAGUGAAGAGACAUCCUGGUGCAGCUCGGCAAUGA